CUCAAUGCCUCAAAGAGCAAGCAAGCAAGAGAGCUAGAUAGCUGUAAGCUUCUUCUUCCUCCUCUUCCAAGUAGGGACUCACGUGUGCGCACGCACGUACGUAGCUCGUCGGAAAUGUCGACCAACUCCAGAUCAAACUCCAGGGUGAACUUCAACAACGAGAUCCAUGAUCUCUCCACGGUGCAGAACUCCACCGUCCCCACCAUGUACUACAGCGACAGAUCCCUGGCAGACUUCUUCCCUCCUCACCUCCUCAAGAAGGUCGUGUCGGAGGUGGUGUCCACGUUCUUGCUGGUGUUCGUGACGUGCGGGGCGGCCGCGAUCAGCGGCAGCGACCUGACGCGCAUAUCGCAGCUGGGGCAGUCGGUCGCCGGCGGGCUCAUCGUGACGGUGAUGAUCUACGCCGUCGGACACAUCUCCGGCGCGCACAUGAACCCCGCCGUCACGCUCGCGUUCGCCGUGUUCCGGCAUUUCCCCUGGAUUCAGGUCCCGUUCUACUGCGCGGCGCAGUUCACCGGCGCGAUAUGCGCGUCGUUCGUGCUCAAGGCGGUGCUGCACCCCAUCACCGUGAUCGGCACCACCACGCCGACGGGGCCGCACUGGCACGCGCUGGUCAUCGAGGUCAUCGUGACCUUCAACAUGAUGUUCGUCACCCUCGCCGUCGCCACGGACACGAGAGCGGUGGGUGAGUUGGCUGGGUUGGCAGUUGGGUCCGCCGUUUGUAUUACGUCCAUCUUCGCAGGGGCAGUGUCAGGCGGAUCGAUGAACCCGGCGAGGACGCUGGGGCCGGCGCUGGCGAGCAACCUCUACACCGGCCUUUGGAUCUACUUCCUGGGCCCCGUCCUCGGCACGAUCUCCGGGGCCUGGACCUACACCUACAUCCGCUUCGAGGACGCCCCCGCCAAGGACGCGCCGCAGAAGCUCUCCUCCUUCAAGCUCCGCCGCCUGCAGAGCCAGUCCGUCGCGGCCGACGACGAGGAGUUCGACCGCAUCGAAGUGUGAUCCGGCCGUGCAUUGAAAUCACACACGUACUGCUGCUCGAUCAAUGUAUCAGUACUAGGUAGCUAUGUCUGUGUGUGUCGCUUCUUGUACCGAUUGCGGAGUACACGUUGUGGUCUGGUCGUGUGGCACAGCUGGAGCUUAAUUUUGGGACGAACUCUGUGUGCGUGCAAUCAGUCGUAAGUGCCAAAGUGUGUCUCUCCGUCAUUUCUUGUUCCAAAAGUUGCUGGUACUUAUAUAAACGUGUGUGCUUUCUUUCACAUUGCUGCACUGUUGCAUGCAUUAAGCCAUGCCUGAAUGAAUGAGUGAAAGAAUAUUUCACCAA